ACGCUCCGCUGCUGCAUGCGCAGGCGCAGAAGGCUCUUCCGGCGCCUGGCUGGGAUGCAGCUGUUAGGCUACGGGUUGAGGCUGCUCGAAGCUGGAUCUGGUUCUCGGGCUGUCACCCGGCUCCCUUUGGGCGACAUGCCUAAGAAAUGUGGUGCGACGAACAAGGGUAAAAACCAGAGCAAGGAACCAGAGAGACCACUUCCUCCCUUAGGUCCUGUGACAGUUGAUCCUAAAGGCGGUGUCAGCAUAGCCAUCCAUGCCAAACCGGGUUCCAAACAAAAUGCUGUGACAGACGUGACAACCGAGGCUGUGAGUGUAGCCAUUGCCGCACCUCCGACAGAGGGAGAGGCUAACGCGGAGCUGUGUCGCUAUCUUUCCAAAGUCUUAGAACUCAGGAAGAGUGAUGUGGUUUUGGAUAAGAAUUGAUGUGUGAAGGUAAAACCUCUGGGGAAUUGUAAAAAGAAAAAGAAAAAAAGUACUGAACCGGAAUCUGUCUUUGGAUAGACCAGAAAUGGCUAGGAGAAAGCAGCACUAAGCUACCAGGAAAACUAGCCCACCUGUGUCAGCCCCACAAGGACACGGUGGCGUAUCCUCAGCAACUGAAGUCUGCUGUCACUAAUAGCAUUCGAAAGUUUAGUGUGUUGUCCUGACACCGAUUUUUCCUUUUGGUCCAGGGUAGUAAAUCUCGUGAAAAAGUGGUGAAGCUUUUGGC